AUGAAUGGUCAGACUGGAUUGAUAGGCUUCUCCCAAGGCAUGGAGCUCACUAGAAGAGGGCUGAAUUCUGCCAGCAACACUUUCGACUUCCGCCUAGGUUCAUCUUUCCCAACCACUCCUCAGCAGUUCUACUCGAGUACAGGCAUUUGGCAAAAGCUCUGCACAAUCAUACUAUGUGGGGCUUGGUCCAACAGUUCUGGCCCAUUUAUACAAGAAUUUGCACACCACUACUUUGGAAAAUCCCCUGAAACUUUCUGCUCCUGGCGCAUUUUGGAUGAUCCAGAUCUGGCUGCAGGCUAUUUGAGAAAAGGCCAGAAGAAUAGGAGGCCAAGAUUGAUUUCAGAAGAAGUUUUUGAGUGUAAUGCUGCCCAGGGACAUGCCAUUUGGUGGAGGCAAACCCCCCAACUAUUAUCUGGGGCAGAAGUGUAUCACCCCAAUUUCUGUGCCAGGCAACUUGAUGACCUGGACGUGCACAAGGACUGCAAAUGUUCAGUUAAUAAGAUUAACAAAAGUGUGGAUGCUCUCUAUCCAUCAUGGGAGCCUAAUUCCUACAUUUCUGCUUAUUUUGACGAUUGGUGGAAGGCUAGGUUUUCUAGCCUAACGGAUGCAAGCAUUGUUGUGAAGGUGUUGUUUGAUACCUGGGAUGCUGGCACUGUCUUGGGAGAAUCAGAUGCUAGGAAGUUCAUUGUGCAGCUGGUGAAAGGCAUAAAUGCUCAAGUAAUUGAAGAUCCUUCCAUGAUAGACAACCUUGGAGGACAAGCUGUUCAAGAUGGGGAGGUGAUUGUCACAUAUGUCAUUACUGCUGGAGACCUGGAGCUCCCUUUUAGUGAUGAGGAGGAUGAUCAUGAUACUCUGGCAGAACCAAUUGUUGAGGCAACCCCUGCUAGAAAGAACAAAAGAAAAGAGACUACUCAGGCUCAAGACAGUGUUUUCCAUCCUGAAUCUCCAGGAAAGAGACUGAGAAAGAGGGCUGUUAGUGAAUCUGAAAGGGCAGAAAAGCCUGCAAUAGUUCCCACUAAAACCACCGAAACUGAUGAAGAGCUGCAAGAGGCUUUUGAAGCCGAGGAAAUUCCUACUGAAGCAGAACACUCUACUGCUGCUCCAGCACCUGAGGUGGAGGAGGAUAGAACUGCCAGGAUUUUGGCUGUGGUUACUAACCCUCUCAAACCACCCAUUGUGGCUAUAAAUGCCCAUCCCAUUCUCUCCCAGCUAGACAAACUUGAGAAGCUUAGUUCCACUCCUGGCAAGGCCAAGUCCAAGGUUGUGGAUAAGGCAAUGGAGAGGGUGAAGAUCUGGCAGUCCACUGAGCUGGAAGUUGAUGAAAAUAGAGAAGCUGUUGACCAAUUGAUGAAGGACCUGGACCUACUACAUAGACAGAACAUGGCUCCCAAGCCUAUACUUAAGAUGAGCCUUGGCUUGGCCAGAAAUGUGCUCAGCCUUCACGAUCGCUAUGAGGAUCUCAAGCCUACCUUCAAAACCUCUGAGUUUUGCAAGGCUACUCAUGAAGCCAACUUGGCUGAUUAUGCAAAACAGAAGGCAGAACUGGACCAGAUGGUUGCAGGUUAUAAAGAAGCCAAGGCCACUGUGGACAAGCUGGAGAAGCAAACUGAAAAACUCCAAAAGCAAUUGGCAAAAUGUAGGGAGGUGCAGAACAAGCUUGGGGCUAGACUGAGUUCCAAGACCAAGGCUACCUUUCUUGUGCAAUGCUGCCCAGAGGCUUUAAUCCAUCAGGGGGUACUGAUUAAAAAGAACUCUCCAUCAAGAAGACCCAUUUGCAAGAAACCCUUAGGAAAUUAG